AUUCGCUUGUAAAUGUAUCACGAAGAGGCAGCCCAGAAUGAAGAAAGCAAGCAGGAGUGUCGGCUCAGUGCCUAAGGUGUCUGGGAUAAGCAAAACGCAAACGGUAGAAAAAACUAAACCUGAAAACAGUUCCUCAGCAUCUGCAGGCGGCAAACUCGUAAAACCUGGACCAGCAGCAGCGUUGUCAAAGACGAAGAGCAGUGAUGACCUUUUAGCUGGAAUGGCUGGAGGGGUGACCGUGACUAAUGGUGUCAAAGGGAAGAAAAGCACCUGCCCUUCCACAGCGUCUUCAGCCUCGGCCCCCGCCAUGACCACCGUGGAGAACAAAUCCAAGAUGAGCACAGGCACAACUUCUUCAACCAAGCGUAGCACAUCCACAGGUAGCAAAGAAUCCGGCUCCACCAGAGAGAGGUUGCGUGAGCGUCCCCGGCUCAACCCGAGCAAAAAGCUGCCUUCCGCAGGCCAGGGAGCCGGCGACGCGGCCCUGCCCAAGCGCUCCCGCAGUCGCACGGCGGCGGAAUGUGACGUCCGCAUGAGCAAGUCGAAGUCGGACAAUCAGAUCAGCGACAAAGCUGCCCUGGAGGCCAAAGUGAAAGACCUCCUCUCGCUGGCGACCACCAAAGACGCGGAGAUCUUCCAUUUGAGGAGCGAGCUCCGCGACAUGCGCGCUCAGCUGGGCAUGAACGAGGACCCGGCCGAGGGGGAGGAGAAAUGCGAGGAGAAGGAGGCCAUGAUGGCUCACCAGCCCACCGACGUGGAGUCCACGUUGCUGCAGCUGCAGGAGCAGAACACUGCCAUCCGCGAGGAGCUCAACCAGCUGAAGAACGAGAACAGGAUGUUGAAGGACAGGCUGAACGCCCUGGGCUUCUCCCUCGAGCAGAGGCUGGACAACUCGGAAAAGCUGUUCGGCUACCAGUCCCUGAGCCCAGAAAUCACCCCUGGGAACCAGAGCGACGGGGGCGGGACGCUGACCUCCUCGGUGGAAGGCUCUGCCCCGGGCUCAGUGGAGGACCUUCUGAGUCAGGACGAGAACACCCUCAUGGACCAUCAGCACAGCAACUCCAUGGACAACCUGGACAGCGAGUCCAGCGAGGUGUACCAGCCCCUCACCUCGAGUGACGACGCCCUGGACGCGCCCUCGUCCUCGGAGUCGGAGGGCGUGCCGAGCACCGAGCGCUCCCGGAAGGGGAGCAGCGGCAAUGCCAGCGAGGUGUCCGUCGCUUGCCUGACCGAGCGGAUCCACCAGAUGGAGGAGAACCAGCACAGCACGAGCGAGGAGCUGCAGGCCACGCUGCAGGAGCUGGCGGACCUGCAGCAGAUCACCCAGGAGCUCAACAGCGAGAACGAGCGGCUGGGCGAGGAGAAGGUCAUUCUGAUGGAGUCUCUCUGCCAGCAGAGUGACAAGCUGGAGCACUUCAGCCGGCAGAUCGAGUAUUUCCGCUCCCUCCUCGACGAGCACCACAUCUCCUACGUCAUCGAUGAAGACGUCAAGAGCGGCCGCUACAUGGAGUUGGAGCAGCGGUACAUGGAUCUGGCAGAGAACGCCCGUUUUGAGCGGGAGCAGCUCCUGGGGGUCCAGCAGCAUCUAAGUAAUACUUUGAAGAUGGCAGAACAAGACAACAAGGAGGCUCAGGAAAUGAUAGGGGCGCUCAAGGAGCGCAACCACCACAUGGAGCGGAUCGUGGAGUCUGAGCAGAAGGGGAAGGCGGCCUUGGCAGCCACGCUGGAGGAGUACAAGGCCACCGUGGCCAGUGACCAGAUCGAGAUGAACCGCCUGAAGGCCCAGCUGGAGAACGAGAAGCAGAAAGUGGCGGAGCUGUACUCCAUCCACAACUCGGGAGACAAGUCUGACAUCCAGGACCUGCUGGAGAGCGUCCGGCUGGACAAGGAGAAAGCGGAGGCCUUGGCGAGCAGCCUGCAGGAGGACCUGGCUCACACCCGGAAUGAUGCCAACCGGUUGCAGGACGCCAUUGCCAAGGUAGAAGAUGAAUACAGAGCCUUCCAAGAAGAAGCUAAAAAGCAAAUAGAAGACUUGAACAUGACAUUGGAAAAAUUAAGAUCAGAGCUAGAAGAAAAAGAGACAGAAAGGAGCGACAUGAAAGAAACCAUUUUUGAACUUGAAGACGAAGUCGAGCAGCAUCGAGCCGUGAAACUUCAUGACAACCUCAUUAUUUCUGAUUUAGAGAAUACGGUUAAAAAACUCCAGGACCAAAAACACGACAUGGAAAGAGAAAUCAAGACACUGCACAGGAGGCUUCGGGAAGAGUCUGCGGAGUGGCGGCAGUUUCAGGCCGAUCUCCAGACGGCGGUGGUCAUUGCCAACGAUAUUAAGUCUGAAGCCCAAGAGGAGAUUGGUGACCUGAAGCGCCGGUUACAUGAGGCUCAGGAAAAAAACGAGAAGCUCACAAAAGAACUGGAAGAAAUCAAGUCCCGCAAGCAAGAGGAGGAGCGAGGCCGGGUGUAUAACUACAUGAAUGCUGUUGAGAGAGACUUGGCGGCCUUGAGGCAAGGGAUGGGGCUGAGUAGAAGAUCGUCGACUUCCUCCGAGCCGACCCCCACGGUGAAAACCCUCAUCAAGUCCUUCGACAGCGCGUCUCAAGUACCAAACCCUAAUGCAGCCGCAAUUCCUCGAACCCCGCUGAGCCCAAGUCCUAUGAAAACGCCGCCUGCGGCCGCUGUCUCCCCCAUGCAGAGACAUUCCAUAAGUGGACCAAUUUCUACAUCCAAACCCCUGACAGCCCUGUCAGAUAAGAGACCAAACUAUGGGGAAAUCCCCGUUCAAGAGCACCUGCUAAGGACAUCUUCCACCAGCCGGCCCGCGUCCCUGCCCAGAGUGCCUGCCAUGGACAGUGCCAAGACCAUCUCGGUGUCUCGACGAAGCAGUGAAGAGAUGAAGCGAGACAUCUCCGCACCCGAGGGAGCGUCGCCAGCCUCUCUCAUGGCCAUGGGCACCACGUCCCCACAGCUCUCCCUCUCCUCGUCCCCCACGGCGUCCGUGACCCCCACCACCCGCAGCCGGAUCAGGGAAGAAAGGAAGGACCCCCUCUCAGCACUGGCGAGAGAGUACGGAGGCUCGAAGAGGAACGCCUUGCUGAAGUGGUGUCAGAAGAAGACCGAGGGCUACCAGAAUAUCGACAUCACAAACUUCAGCAGCAGCUGGAACGACGGGCUGGCCUUCUGUGCCCUCCUGCACACGUACCUCCCAGCCCACAUUCCAUACCAGGAGCUCAACAGCCAAGACAAGCGAAGGAACUUCACCCUGGCCUUCCAGGCGGCGGAGAGUGUCGGCAUCAAGUCCACCCUGGACAUUAAUGAGAUGGUGCGAACCGAGCGGCCCGAUUGGCAGAACGUGAUGCUGUACGUGACGGCGAUCUACAAGUACUUCGAGACCUGAGCACACCCGACGGCCCCCGGCUACAGGCGCCACCAGCACCAUGAGCUACGCCCCAUGAAGCUUUCAGCAACUCCAGGCGGCCCCAGCGUGCGAGCCUGCAGCCCAGGCCUCCAGGCGGGAGAACUCGGGCCUGGGUGGCCGGACUCCAAGCAGGCUCCUCCCCUUGACCCGUCCUGUCAGCGGUCAGCGUGGGCUCACACCACGCAUGCCAGGCGGCUGCUGAGCUUCCUCGGAAGAGAACGCUGAGCUGUGAGGCUGCGGCGUGUAAACCAAGGCGCGUGCACAGCUGCACGGGGAGGGCAGCUCCGGGGUAGGGGAAGCUUCCGCCAGCUCUGCCCCCGGGGCAGCUUCCUGCUCCGGCACCGAGUGGGCCCCGCUUGACGUGGGUGUCGCCCAGCAGCGGGGCGCAGGGCUGUCCCGCCGGCGCCAUGUAGUUCUCAGACGGAGCCGGCGGUGACAAAGUCGGGCUCCCCCGCCCUCUGCUGCCGCCGGUCCUCCAACACGGGAGACAACCGCUCCUCCGGCCUUGAAGGGGCGUGGAAACUCAGCUGUGACUUAAAAGACCUGAUCGUAAGGAAUUCUCUAGUUAAAAAAUGUGGUUUUUUUCUCAUGAGCAAUAUCGAGGGAAAGUAGCUCCUGUUGUAUUAGCACCAAAGUUAACUGGUUUCCUGAGCCUGGAGAUGAAGCACAAACUGGACGUCGGUGUGGCGACAGCGGACGAAGGUGGAAGCGGCAGGAGAAAACACGGAGCGGCUCGCAGGGGCCCAGGCGGCCGAAGGCGGUCACUCAGCGCUGCCUGCGUGCGGCCUCCUGGGCGGGAACGGGAGGAAGUGCCUUAACUCCUGCGAGGGGAGCCGCCGCCCGGAGGCCCGGGCCCUGGCCACAGGCGGCCUCUCAACCGCCCUUCUGCAGUUUGAACCAAAGCCUUGCUCCCCCAGGCGUUCUGUCUUGUUGGCGCGACUCGGGGGGGACUCGAUCCUUCUUGGGACGGGGAGCCCAGGUCUCGCGGGCGCGGGCGCAGGAGCUGGAGUUGGAUGCACCUGUUAGCACCUGGGAAGUCGCAGGGGAAGCAGGCUCGCUGCCCCAGCCACGCUGCCAGGAGGGGCCGCGGAAGGCCACCCGCCGGCCAGAGGGGGCCGGGUCUGCAUUCGAGCCCGCUCUCGACCAGGACCUGGGCGUGUCUGUAGCCGAGAAGAGAGAGAUGGUGACGGAGCAGCUGGGUGUGUGUGCGGCUCGCUGGCUGGGUCACGUUGGCUGUGAGUCUCCUGCCCUGGCUGCUUGGCUGCUGCCUGGGGGGCUUUCUGUAAGACGCCCCCGUUGGGCUAAGAAAAGAGAAGCCGGGGCGCAGAGCCCAGCCCCGCGGACACGCAGCCCUGAGUGGGCGCUUCCUGCCCGUCCUCCCGCCGGUGCUGCUCCUGGUGGCUCUGUGGACAGGUGCUGCCGCGGGGUCUUCACUGCCCACCUGGGUCCUCCCCUUCCCUCACGGGCCUGUGGGCACCCGGGUCCGACUGCAGCCUGCGCGUUGUUAUUCAUGACGGGGGAGCCUCUAGUCCAGUGAAAAGAGGAGACUUUCUUGGUCUGCAGUUCACACCUGCCCUUCCAGCCGGGUGAGCCGGCCCUGGCAGCUCAGGCAGCCGGGGUCUGCAUGUCUUUGGGGGACGGCAGCGCCUGCUGAUGGGCUGUGCCCACAUGGCCGGCCGCAUCCAGGUCAUGCCCUGGGGCCAGUGGCAGGGCAGAGGGUGGCCAAGAGGAGGGUUGGCCCCAGGCCCGCCUGUCUGGGGGUCCACCGUCUCCCUGACAACAGGCCAUGCAGGGGCACCUGGCUGGGCUGCCCACACCUGCAUGUGGGUCUGCAGAAGAUUCCAGAAGCGUGACUUCGUGCUUUUUUCCAAUAGGAUCCUAUCACAGAGUGGUUCUGGGUGGUCACACGCCUAAGCGUGACCCCCAGGUGCCGUAGCCCAGCGGCACGUCACAAGAAGCUUCCAGAAAGUCGUUUGCCUCGGUUCCUUCCGAGCAUGAGCAUCCCUGCGAAAGGGCCAGGGCUUCCGCUGGCGAUGCUUUUACUUUGUUGUAUUAAAUGCUCUUAAAUGUAUUAAAGUUGUUGAAACACGUCA